CAAAGAGGAAAACUAGUUUAUCACAACCACCAGCAGGGAAAACCAAAAAAAGGACCAGAAAACAGACGGAAACGCUGGAUUCGUUGUUUCAAGCCCGCCCAUCUGCUCAGUUUUCUCGGUUGGUUCGGUGGACUGCGGCAACACUACAUCCACCUGCCUGCGACCGUAUGGUGCUUCUGCAAUGUGUGACCCCCUUGCAGUGCCUUCGGCGGGCAGGAUAAUACAGGACACCCAUCGCAGGAUCGUGCAACAUUCGUAGAGCUGUCGUCGGGGCCACAACGGUGCUUAGGAAAAUGCAAACAUAAAGUGGUUUGUGGUGUUUGGUGGUGUAGCACUGAUCCGGCAGAGAUUCGGACACCUUUAGGCACGGGAAAUAGGCCACAGUUGUAACAAAAAAAAGCUCCUCUAAUGUGAACACCAUCUCAAGACGACCUACCCCCUUCUGGUGACCUCCUCUGCAGUCAGGCCUUAAUCGAGCAGAAAACAGCGUCUUGCGCGUAUCUCGUCCUUGUCAGUAACCUCGCACGCACGCAUUCGAAAAUGUCCGGAAUGUAUGGUCACAGCCGUGAAGCGGUUCGGGUGAAAGUGAAGAAAUGUGAGAAAAACGUUCCAUCGGAAACGAGGAAGUUCAGCGUCGAUCCGCAGAUUACCAACCUCGAGGUGCUGUACUCGCUGCUGGCCAAAGCGUUCGAUUUGAAAACCGAUUUCGGCAUCAGCUACAAGGUGAUCGAAGCGAACGGACAGGAAAGCUAUCUCGUCGUACUGUCCGACUGGGAUCUGGAGGCCGCCUUCCUGCGGGCCCACAAUCAGUCGAUUGCCAGUAAAAGUGAACCGUGCCUGAAUCUUCGCGUCGACAUUAAACCCUUCUCGGAGGCUUCGGAAUGGGACGGCAAUAGUACGGGCGGGGGUCCGAGCAUACCGCGCGAGCUCGUCUCCCUGCAGCAGUCGAUCGGUGCUGGCCACAAGUACGUGCAGAACAAGCUGCCCGGCCUGAUCAUGAACCAGAUGGAGAAAACGUUCUCCAUGGUACAGCGAGCGUUCAAUCUGGUUGAGGAUCCGUUGCUAACGCAACCGAUCAGGCCACCGCUGUCGGAUGCCGAGUUUCGUAAGCUGCAAGAUUCGGUAGGUCAAAUAUUGGCCCCCGAACAGUUGCGCAAGGUGAUCUAUCUCGGUGGAAUCGACCCCAGCCUGAGACGUGUCGUGUGGAAACACAUACUGAACGUGUACCCCGACGGCAUGACCGGCAGGGAGCGGAUGGAGUACAUGAAAAGGAAGUCAGCGGAAUAUUUUCGAUUGCGUGAUGUGUGGCGCAGCACGAUGCAGCGCGGCAACAUUGUCGGCGAGCUGGCGUACGUUACAAGCAUGGUGCGGAAGGACGUCCUUCGCACCGAUCGGCUGCAUCCAUUCUACGCUGGCAGUGACGACAAUCAAAACAUUGCCGCACUGUUCAAUGUGCUCACGACGUAUGCGCUGAACCAUCCGGCGGUCAGCUACUGCCAGGGCAUGUCGGACAUUGCCUCGCCGCUGCUCGUAACGAUGGGCGACGAGGCGCAGGCCUACAUCUGCUUCUGCGCCAUCAUGGAGCGGUUGAGCUGUAACUUUAUGCUGGACGGGAUCGCGAUGACGCUCAAGUUUGCCCACCUGUCCGAAGCGCUGCAGUACUACGAUCCGGACUUUUUCGCCUACCUGAAGCACCACCAGGCGGACGAUUUGCUGUUCUGCUACCGCUGGCUGCUGCUGGAGAUGAAGCGCGAGUUUGCGUUCGACGAUGCGCUGCGCAUGCUGGAGGUGCUGUGGAGCUCGCUGCCACCGAUGGCACCGAAGGGCGAGCUGGCACUGUACGAGCGGGAGUACGAGCCGCCGGCACCGUCGGACGAGAGCGUGCAUCCACCGCCCAGCCAAAGCCCGUCGGUGAUGUUGCGAACGCCGCGCGAAAACCCCUACACGAAGGUGUGCGCCCUCCGGCGGCAAAGUUCGGCACUUUCGCUCAGCUCUUCCUGCUGCACCUCGACGAACCCGCUCGCCAAUCCGUCGAGCCGGUACGAUCGGUACGGUGGCGUUGGUGUGGGGGGGCGUCUGGAUGCAUCGCGCCGGCUCAACCUUAGCCUGGACGAGAACAUUACGCGCGAAAACAUUUACUCCACCAAGGUGGGCCACGUGCAGAAGGUUCACCAGAGCCUGGACGAGGCGAAGAUUGCGCUGGUGAAGCAGAGGAAAAUCGUCCGCAGCGUCGGGGACGAUGAUAAUAUUCAGGAGGGAUUCGAAAUGGCCCACUCGCUGGACCAGGGUGAGGACGAUAAUGCGACCGACGUGGAGGACAGUGUGUUCCAUUCGCCGCAGCAUCAGCUAAAAGCGAACAGCAGCAAAACGAAUCCCUUCAUCGAUGGGUCAAUGGAAAGCGUGUCGGCGCCAGAACCGCCGGCGGAAGAGUUGGACCGCCCCGCGGCGGAAGUGGUGACAGAAUUCAAACCAGAAUCCUCAACACCCGGCACAAACAGCAGCAGUGCGGCUAGUAGUGUGCGAAACUCGCCAGUGAUAGGACGCAGCCGGAGCCUUUUCUCAACGUCGGCCGCAACGGGCAAAAUGAUCGCCCGCCAAUUAAGCAAUCAAAAGAAACACUUCACGGCUGCGGGCGGUGGUGGUGGCGGUGGAACGGGAGGUGUGGGUCAUUUUCACGAUCUGAAGGAAAAGCUUGCGGCAAGUCGGAAAGGCAUCUUUGCCUCGCUGGACAAAGCGCACAGCAUCGAGGGAGGAGGUGGCGAGGGAGCCCCGGGUCGAGCCGGGAGCAAUCAGGUGGAAAAAUCGAAACCGAAGCUGGUGAAAAAUUUCAACGAGUUCCUUAACUUUGCCGCCAUGAACAAGAGCCGCAUCAGCGAUCGGCUGGUGACGAAAAAGAUGCUCACGAACGCGAGCGUCGUGGGAAGCAAUGCAAACAACAGCUGCUCGCUGGACUCAACGACCAGCAGCUACACGACGACGACGACCGGUGGCGGUGUGACGAGCGAAGUGUCCCGGGACGAUUCGACCGAAACGAUCGAGUACAACGAGCUGAAACCGAAGCCCGUUAUCAAGCUGACCAAAUCGUCGUUCGAUGAUUCCGACUCGUCCGCGACGAGUGUCGGCGUGGGGAUGGACUCGAUGGCCACAACGACGGCGCUUUCACGCUCCAGCGACAAUAGCAGCUUUAUUGUGGACGAUAGCUCUGCCUCCGUGUCGCCGAUUCACAUCCGGCGGGAGGAACAGGAGCAACCGGCAGCAAACGAGGACGUGGGGACGGAGCACGCGAGCAUUGCGCCGGCAGUUCAUCGGCCGGUGGAGUUGUUUGUGGCGAGCGCUGGUACCGUAGCUGUUGCGCCGGUUGGGGACGGUAGCAGUCCGGACGAUUCGCAGGAAUACUUCCCAAUGACCACGUCCAUGACACGAGAAUUGCGCAUGGAGCUGGAAAACCUCGAUCGGCAUGUGUUGGGUACGGAUUUCCACAGCAAGCAGCAGCGCUUCUACACGCUUAACAGUUGCCUCGAUCUGGAAACGCCGCCCGAAAGCGGCGACUCCAUGGUGCCGUACUCCGACGGCCGACGGAUGCUUCCACUUGGCGUGGCGGCUGCAACUGCCUCCACUACCAUCGCAUACAGCAAGCUCGACAAUAAUGGCAGCCUGCCGCGAACGCUUGCCGCAACGAUGGAAAUUGAAUCAAUUGACGAAAUCUGUGAUCGUUCUCCGCUCGAGCAGGCGGGAGCGGAGGAAACGCGAGAAGACCGCGAGGUCGUGCGGUACCGGGAAAAGCCGGGCCGCCGGCGCACGGGGACGGGCGGUGCGACGGGCAGUGUGGUGAGCGAAAAUCGCGACAGCAAACGAAUCAGCACGUCCAGCGCAAACGUCAGCAGCGAUGUAUUUGUGUGGGAAAACCCGCUGCACCAGGAGUGUGGUGAUGAUGGCGAACCGGUAAGCCCGGUAUCGGGCGGUAUGAUAACCGGCGAGGUGACGCAGAUACAGCAGCGCACCGCUACCACCCCGGACGAACAUCCGGAGCUGGAGUACGAUGGGGAAAUUAUCGAAGAAACAACGCUGGGAAAGAAAUCCGUCACGCCGAUACGGUUGGUGCGGAAAAAUGGCGACCGGUCCGUGCCGGGCUCGGCUCGAAACUCAAUGAUUCUGCCCGACUCUUCGGACUCUUCGGACGACUCGCCGCUCUCACGAUCGCCGGCAGCCGUUAAGUUUAAAUUCCACCCCAACAAUCCCUUCUUCGAUGCGGCCUCAAGCGCGAUCGAUAAUCGUCCGACGGCGCUGCUUCACCGACCCGUGGACGAUGGUGAGGGAGAGCUGCUGGAAGAGGGCACCGAAGCAUCCGUUGUAACUGGUAUGCCUAGCGUUAGCGAUGUCGCCUCCAAUCGGGAAGAUAUCGUAUCGAGGCAACCGCUAGCUUCACCGACAAUGAUCACCUCCCUUCCGCUGGAACCGAGCCCGCUCGAUGUGAACUUUGGUGAGGCUGGUGGUAGUAGUGCUGGUGGCCCCAUUCUAACAGCAGCAACCGCCAGCGCCGGUACCAUUCCGAGCAGCACGCUCCCAAGCAUGAAGGUGGCGGGUGUACUUCCACCACCGCAAGAGUUCGGCGGAGGCAAUCCGUUCCUGAUGUUCCUUUGCCUAACGAUACUGCUGCAGCAUCGCGACUACAUCAUGAAGACGGGCAUGGACUACAACGAGAUGGCGAUGCACUUCGACAAGAUGGUGCGCAAGCACAACGUGACGCGUGUGCUUAAUCAAGCCCGCCAGAUGUACGCCGAGUAUCGGCGGAUGUACCAGCAGCAACUAAUGGCGAGCAGCAGCAGCAUCAGCAGUGCCGGCAAAGGCUCCGCCGGUCUUUCGAUGUCGAUGAUGGCAAACAGCUACCACGGGAGCCUGGGCGGUGGUAGCGUUACGGAUGCACUGGCACGGAAAGCAUCCGCACCGGAGGUUAGCUCGGCCCGAAGAAACACUGGCGGUGAUUUAACGCUCGUCACGUAAUUCGCGUGCAUGGAGGGUAAGAUGGUUUACAUAUUUCGAUUUAAAAACAACUUUUUUUCGUGUGUGUGUUCCUUUUAUACAUAUAUACCUCUCUGGGUUUGGUAGUAGUAGAGAAAGAGGAAAUGUUUUACAAGACUUGUUACAGUGAGAUUUCAGUUAAGAUUAGGCUAACCGAACGAAGCAUAGCAUCGGAUGAGUUCAGAACUAUCCCCAUUAGACGGUAGAUAGUUGACUGAAUUUGCUAGCGAAUAGUCACCGAAUGAUGUUCCACGUGUACAGGGAUGCUGGCAUUUACACACAUAUGUAUUAUUUUAGUCUUUUUUAUCGAACUUAUUAUCUCUCUUUACCCCUACUAGAAAAGGAUUAUUUCGUUUGUUCAAUUUAUUUAAGUGCUUGGUUUUAUUUUCCCCAAAGGUUAUGGGAUAAGGCAAUAGCAUGCGUUCAAUUCUACGCGGGAAGAGUGGAUGGAGAUCGUGAUAUUUUAAUUAGAGAUACACUUAAUGCAACAACAAGCAAACAAAGAACACUAUCGUAAACGAUUCUAUGAGUAUAUUUGAACCGUUUUCAGCCGUUUGAGUUAGAAGAGGGUAAAAGAAGCGAACGGAACACCUUAAAUGGAAGCGCGGAUGGUUCCUAAAAACGGCUUAAAAUCUCCAAUACAAACUCAAGCGUACACGGGAGGCAGCUUAAAACGGGGGGAAAAGCGAACACAUUAUUAGCCAGUUAAUCAAACAGUUCAAUAAUUAAUAUGCCCGGUAUUUAUAGAUUACAACCAAACAACCAAGCACCCUUCUUCAACUGCCUGUACGCUUCUACUACUACCAUUACUGCUACUACUACUACACUCGCUAUAUCCACCGAACACUUCCACUGGCACUUGCAGUAGGGAAGUCAUUACCUAUACCAAAAAGAAAAGCAAAAGUUAAAGUUUGAGCAACUGAUAGCAUGAUUGCACGCCCAGACACUGCAUUCGCGCAUAGAGCUAUUUACAAAGAAGGUACAGAAGGACAGAGUAGUAACGGCCGAAGAUAUUAGACACGCCUCUCCCGAGCAGAAAAAGCCUAUAUUACAACACGAAAGCCUGUAGAUAUAGAUAGAACUCGAUCCAAUUAUAAUAGCAAAGUGUAGCGUCCCUUGUCUCAUCCUUCAAUCCCUAUCAUUGCCCCUUGGCCGCAGCCAGAACUAUUUGUGCAAUGGAAAUGCCUCCAAUAAGAUGCGGGGAAAAGGGACAAGGAUACAUAUUAGUACAGACACCUGUUUAGUGUGUAUAGCGUUUAUUGCGGCGUUAUCCUUUUUCCUCUCGAUGUGUUCUGUUCUGGGUAUUAUUGGAGUACUGUGCUCCGGGUGCUUUUAUUACAAUGCAACAAUGCAACCUUAAGCCUAGCGCCAUUACAGGGCUUUUCAGGGGUGUUCUGAUAGCUGUGGGAUACUUGCAUGACUAUUUCUGAUAGGAAAUUAACUUUAUAAGAUGGGAAUUGGACUCUAUGGCCAGAUUCAUUGGAAAAUCCUAUUGGAUUUGUUCAUUUCGUUCAUUUCGUGUUACAAAGUGUCAUGAAAGUAUCUCACAAGUAUGAGAACCCCUGAAACCCCCUGUUACUACACUGCAGCUAGGAGGCAAACAAUGCUCACAAAUUCUCCCCAAAAUCUGUGUGUGUGUGCUCUCUUUGUAGUGGCAUGUGUAUAUGUGUAUCGUUUAACAGGAUCCUUCUUUUUGACCGUGUGUGAUAGAACCGUGCGAACGGCGGGCUAGGUAGUGGCGAGGAUAGAAAACCCCACAUUCCACAAAUUGUUGUUGGCUAGUAUUUGUUGGAAAUAGUAUAACAAAAAACAAUCAAUUACGUGUGUGUGUGUGUGUGUGUGCGGGCCCACGACAGGUAGCUCUUGGACGGGCAAAUACGGAAAGGAUAUACAGAAAACAAAUUGUAACACCACAUUUUAGUCGAGUCGGUUAGAAAAAGCGGGAAGGCAUCGAGGGCGAGUUUGUGGUGCCACACUAUCGUUUUAGCUCUUUCCUAUUUAAUCCCUUUUUUUAUUGAAAAAAAAAACUCAUUCCACAGACACGCGACGAUCACGAUCUUUCGAAAGCAUAACCAUAUAUUUAUUCAAGCUGUUGUGGUACACGAUUUAACGACUUUGCACAAAAAAAAUCGUCCCGUUUUAUCCACUUUUACGCGGCCUAUCGCAGCGAUCGUUUGGGAGAAAGUUCUUCAGCUAAAAAAAAAAAUAAGAAAAAUGAACUGCUAAAUAUUGAAAACUAAUUUACUAUGUCUAGAAAUCAAGUACCGUAUCGCGCCCAAGGUAGCAUUUAUACAGCCACGAAGCGCAUGUAAAGGCGCCGAGCGGAGUUCGAUUCGCUUCUGAAUCGGACUAAACCCGGGCGCUAAUACCGUGGUAUAACAUAAGUCUUAAUAAGCUUGUACACAAUUUCGGAGGAACUGAUCGACCGGUAAAACCUUUUUUUGUUGGUUUCGUUACAUUCAAAAACAGAAACAUUCCGCUCUCUCUCUCUCUCUCUUUUACGGUCGGCGAAGAAGAGCAUUGGGAUGAAACAGGUAAUAAAACGCAAUUAAAAAGUAUUAACGAAACUUUCGGCUGGAUCGGUGUCCCGAUCGCACCACACACACACACACACAUACGAGCCCAGGUAUCUAUUUCUCUCACACAAUACCGUACUGCACAUGAAGAAUUGCAAUAAUAAAAGAAAAAGAAACAUAAUACUUGUGAAGAAAUGACCGAUAUUUCACCCACAUCACCCAUGAAAGAAUACUUUUAGAAUUUCUUUCUAAACCCAUAUUUUGUGGUACCAAAAAACAAAAAUAGAAAUAUACGACAUUAGUUUCUGUUAUAUUGAUCGUCGAUCGUCAUGCCAACGUGUACAUACACACAUACACACAUACCGCCGCACCACUUUUCACCGAUCACUAGUUACCUACUACAGGAGUUUCUAUGUUACUAGUGAUGUUUGAAUCCAUAGCUCAACCUAACCAAUCAUUAAUCAGUAAUUACACUGGUUUUAGGUGGUGGUGAUCGUACAGUUUUUUCUUCUUCUUCUUCUUUUCGUUCGUGUCGUGGUGUCGUUGCAAGCUGACUGGCUGGUGGUACCAAACACUACCAACUAUAACUAACUACUCGGCCAAUGUUAAACCGCCAUUCCGCUAAACUUUCCAUUGCAAUGUUAUUCUACCGAUAAGGGGCUGUAGAAAGAA